AUGCCAAAUUGUCCAAGAUGCACAAAACCGGUUUAUUUUGGUGAGUUGAGAACUUUUUUUGAAGAAAAUUGUGACUUGUGGGAACUCAAAGUUGUUUUUUUUCAGGAGAACGUGUAACAUCAAUCGGAUUUGACUGGCAUCGUCCAUGUCUUCGAUGUGAAAAUGAUGCUUGUAAAAAGACUUUGGCUGCUGGAAGUCAUUCGGAGGUUUGGAAUUUUUGGGGUUUACAAAUUUUGAAAAAAACAAUCUGUGCAUUUUUGCGUCACGGUGUUUGCAAUUUUUAUUUCUAGUAAGACUGUAUAGGGUUCAAAAAAAUCUGGAGCUCCUCAGAUAUGAAUAAUGUCGUGGAGAAUCUUGAGCCUAAAUCAGAAAAAUAAUCAAAAGUAAAGGAAAAACAUUAAAAAAAAAUUUCCACAAACACCGUCACGCACAAAUGCACACAUUUUCCUACCAUACUAUAUUAUUCAAAACCCGAUUUUUCAGAGAGAAGGAAAACCAUAUUGUAAUCGAUGCUAUGGUGCACUUUUCGGCCCUCGAGGUUAUGGUCAUGGAGGAGUUGAGAGUCACACAUUCCACGAGGGACAAACUGGACAGGUAAGCAAAAAAUAUUAUAUUUUUUGCCUGGAUAUGUUCAAUAACCUUUACUCAAUUCUAAUCAUAUUUCAGGUUUAG